AUCUUCCUUGCACCUCCAGUUCCGCUUCUGACACCGCCCACGUGCCUGCACCAUGACUGCGGCCCGGGGGUUGGAUUCCUGUGGAGGAGGGCUGUGUGGCAGGGGGUGCAGCUCGGGCUGAGGGAUGGCCUCUCUGGAUCUGCCCUACCGCUGUCCGCGUUGCGGGGAACACAAGCGUUUCCGGAGCCUGUCGUCUCUGCGGGCCCACCUGGAGUACAACCACACCUACGAGACCCUCUAUGUCCUCUCCAAGACCAACAGCAUCUGCGAUGCCACCGUUUUCCCCCUUGCGUCUGACGCCACCCUGGUGACCCCAGCCACCCGCCGAGACAUCUUCGAAAGCACUUCCUUCCAGGGCAAGGAGCAGCGCUUCACCUGCGACCUUAUCCCCGCUGACGAGCUGGAACCAUCUUCCUCGCCGGUAUCGUCCCGCUACAUCCACGAGAUCGAGAUCCCCCUGACGGAGAUCUUCACCCGGAAGACCAUGACUUCCACCACCACCCCGCCUGCCGCUGCAGCCGCUGCUGUAGCCGCCGUGGAUGCGGCUUAUGAGGAGGGCUUGACUCGCCUCAAGAUCCGAGCUUUCGAGAAGCUCGAGGUGGACAAGCGCCUGGAAAAGCUGACUGAGGAAGUGGAGCAGAAGAUCGCCUCGCAGGUCGGCCGGCUUCAGGUGGAACUGGACCGGAAGAGCUCGGAGCUGGAGAAAGCCAAGCAAGAGAGCAUCAGACUAAGCCGAGAAAAGCAGGAACUGGAAGAGCGGGCCGUGGAGCUCUCCCGGCAGGUGGACGUCAGCGUGGAAAUGUUGGCAUCCCUCAAGCAAGAUCUCGUGCAGAAGGAGCAAGAGCUGACUCGGAAGCAACAGGAGGUGAUCCAGAUUGACCAGUUCCUGAAGGAGACGGCGGCCCGCGAAGCCAAUGCCAAAGUGCGCCUCCAGCAGUUCAUCGAAGAGCUCCUUGACCGGGCUGACCGGGCCGAGAAACAGCUGCAGAUUAUCAGCAGUAGCUGCGGGACCACCCCCAAUUGCAGCUUGGGACGGUGCAGCGUGCCCGGAUCCAAGAGCGGCGGCCGACCGCGGGACAGGCAUUCCGUCCCAGGGGCCACUGCUCACAGCUCCUACGCCGUUUCCAACCAGAGAUCAUCUUCCAGCACCGGGGCCUCCAGCCGUGCCAAAGCCGUUUCCCAAAGCUCAGGUUGCUACGACAGCGACAGCCCUGAACUCUACCAGGGGGACGAGAAUGCCGAGGGCAACCCUUAUCAAAACCGAGGCUCCGACAGCGGGUUCGACAAGCUGGGCAGCCGCAACGUGGGUCUGCGCAGACAGGCGAUCCAGAACUGGCACCACAGGCCGUACCGCAACAGCACAGAGGGGGAGGAAGGAGACAUCUCGGACGUGGGCUCCAGGACCACCGAGUCAGAGGCCGAGGUGUGGGAGACCGAGCCCAGGGUCCCGCCUGAGAUGCAGCCGGUGAAUUUGGCCCGGCCUGGCAAUAGCUCCAAGUUACCAGCCCGGUCUGACGGGGGAGGCGGGAAGGCCAUCCGGCCAGAGAGAGGCAGCCCAGCUCGAUCCAACGAGGUCAUCCGCCCCGAGAUCCUCAAAAUGCGAGCCGCCCUCUUCUGCAUCUUCACAUACCUCGACACGAAGACUCUGCUCAGGGCCGCGGAGGUUUGCAAGGACUGGAAAUUUGUGGCCCGGCACCCUGCCGUCUGGACCCGAGUGCUGCUGGAGAACGCUAGGGUGUCCUCGAAGUUCCUGGUAAUGCUGUCGCAAUGGUGCACCCAGACGCACUCUCUCACCCUCCAGAACCUCAAGCCCCGCCAGAGGGGGAAGAAGGAGACGCGGGAGGACUAUAUGAAAAGCACACGGGGCUGCCUAGAAGCCGGCCUGGAAUCCUUGUUAAAGGCCACCGGGAGCAACCUCUUGAUCCUCCGGAUUUCUCACUGCCCCAACAUCUUGACGGAUCGCUCUCUCUGGCUCGCUAGCUGCUACUGCCGGGCACUUCAAGCCGUCACCUACCGGAGUUCUACAGAUCCCGUGGGCCACGAGGUCAUCUGGGCGUUGGGGGCAGGCUGCCGGGACAUCAUCUCCUUACAGGUGGCCCCACUUCACCCUUGCCAGCAACCAACGCGAUUUAGCAACCGCUGCCUACAGAUGAUCGGACGGUGUUGGCCGCAUUUGAGGGCUCUGGGUGUCGGCGGCGCGGGCUGUGGCGUGCAGGGGUUGGCUUCCUUGGCCCGAAACUGCAUGCGGCUCCAGGUGCUGGAGCUGGACCAUGUGGCGGAGGUGAACCAAGAGGUGGCUGCCGAGGUCUGCCGGGAAGGUUUGAAAGGGCUGGAGAUGCUGGUCUUGACGUCCACCCCGGUCACCCCCAAAGCCUUGCUGCAUUUCAACAGUGUUUGCCGGAACCUGAAGUCUAUCGUGGUGCAAGUCGGGAUUGCCGAUUACUUUAAGGAGCCAAACAGUUCUGAAGCCAGAAAGAUGUUUGAGGAAAUGGUUAACAAACUCCAGGCCCUGAAGAAGAGGCCCGGCUUUUCAAAGAUCCUACACAUUAAGGUGGAAGCAGGUUGUUAACACUUAUAAGAGAACAACAAAGAAGUGGGACAUCGACUUACCUCUUUUGUUGGUCUGUUGCUAAAGACAUUCUGGAGCUAACACCAGCUUCCUGCAAACCUCUGUUCUGGACCAGCGUCUCAGAACCCAGCCAGGAAAGCGCACAAAUUUUGGAGUGGGCCUUUGAGUCCAGAAGCAACACUCUCCUUUUCCAUACAGGAGGGCAGGACCUACGGUAGAGAGAGACAAUGGUGCUAUUGCGACAACAUGCAGUAUUUCUUAAGACUGCCAGAGAGGGCACCAGUUGCCCUCUCCCUUUCUCCCUCUGCCUAUCUCUUCUUAUGGAGGCAACAGCAGAACUCGAACCCGUGUGCUCGGGGCGGCCGGAUCUCUGGCGGCAAAGCCAGCUUUUCAUCAGAAUUCUGUUUUUCUCCAGAAGCGGGGAAGUUCAAUAACUUUAUCAUCCAAGGACGAUAAAUAACCUAGACUCUACUCCCUUCGGCUUCUCCUCUCUUAUUCAUUAAAAUGAUUGAUGGCUCUUUCCUUUU